AUGAGUGCCACCCCUACGCACCCACUCGGCGCCGAAACAGCCGCAGAUGUUCAAAGCAUAUCGGCAGCGCCCUUGCGGGAAGCUGACGCUACUUCUUUGGGGCUGAUGUGGACACGGGUCGGUAUUUUGGCACUUGUCACAGCGUUUUCCUGGAUCACGAUCUCGUACUGCUCGCAUGUGUACUUCGACCGUGACUCGGCGUUUCACAACGCCCUCGAAUGUUCGGAGCGGGUACUCAAACAUCAUGAGAAGAGCAACUGGUUGCUGAACGGCACGCUGCUCGGUUCCACCCGACUUGGUCGUCUUGUGCUGUGGGAUGCAGACCUUGACAUUGGGGUCUUGGUGCCGUCUCCAAGCUCUUUCGACGCCGCCUCUGCUGCGCUGGACGAGGAGUGUUUUGGGCACAGGUCUAUUGUGAAGAAGGGUGCUCUGAACUCUGACUUACGAAUCUGGCGCAAGUGCACGAGCCGCAUCUGCGCCGAGUUUUACGAGACGACUCUGGUAAGCGGCACAGCCAAGACCGGCGAAGGACAGUCGAAAGAGUCGGAUCUGUUUCCGCUGAAGUCGUGCACUGUUUCUGGCGUUCACGCAAAGUGUCCCAACAAUGCGCCGUUUUACCUCGCGCAGGCGUACGGGCAGGACUGGCUGACAAUCCCUCUCAUCAAGCUGUUCUGA